AUGCAUUUAUAUAAGGAGAAGCAUAUUAAGUAUGUUCAAUCCCUCGAUAAGAAAAAGGAGGACUAUGAGUAUUGGUUAACGGAGCAUCUUCGUUUAAAUGGCAUUUAUUGGGGUUUGACUGCGCUAUGUUGCUUAGAUGCAAUUGAUACAUUUGAUAAAAGUAAAGUAAUUGAGUUUGUUAUGGGUUGCUGGGAUGCUAAAACUGGUGGUUUUGGGGCUUUUAAAGGUCAUGAUGCUCAUUUGGUAACUACUUUAUCAGGUCUUCAGAUCCUUGCUAUUUAUGACUCUCUAGAUGUUUUAACUCCAGAACAAAUUCAACAAUGUGUUGAAUUUAUCGAAGCUAAUCAAUUGGAUGAUGGUUCUUUUCAAGGUGAUCGCUUUGGGGAGGUUGAUACAAGGUUUGUAUAUACUGCUUUAAGUUCGCUGUCGAUUCUAGGUCGAUUAUCUCCAAAAGUCGUGGAUCCCGCUGUGGAAUUUAUCAAACGCUGUUACAACUUUGAUGGUGGAUUUGGCCUUUGUCCUGGUGCUGAAAGUCAUGCAGCUCAGGCUUUUACGUGUAUAGGUGCUCUUAAAAUCGUUAAUAAACUCGAUGAGCUUACUAAAGAGCAGAUAGAAAAUAUUGGCUGGUGGUUAUGCGAACGUCAGGUUCCAGAAGGUGGGCUGAACGGAAGGCCGUGCAAGUUGCCUGACGUAUGCUACAGUUGGUGGGUUUUAUCUACUUUGUCUAUCAUUGACUGCCUUGAUUGGAUUGAUCACGAUAAGUUACGCAAGUUUAUUCUAGAGACACAAGAUCCCAAGGGAGGGCUAAGUGACAGACCUGGGAAUGAAGUGGACGUUUUCCAUACUCUAUUUGGCAUUGCUGGGCUGAGCUUGAUGGGAUUUGAAGAUUUGAAACCAAUUGAUCCAGUAUAUUGCAUGCCAUAUGAGGUAACAAAGACAUUUAGAAAGUAUCCAUACAGUGAGUAG